GCCACCGGCGACGUCUUCUGCGCGUCAUUAUUUUUUUGACUUCGACAUUCACCUCGAAUUUGUGAAAGGAUAUCGAUUUCAGAUAUACCUUUCUCUCUUUCUCUUUCUCAUUUCGUCUUUUCUCGACCUUUUUCAUCAAGUUCCGGGCCCGAGAUGCUUACUGAGCGCUGACCAGUUUCUGACUAAUUGUUUUCAUAAGGAACACAUCUGCUUACGGCCGUCAUGCAACUUUGCAGUCUCCCACCCUAACAAUGGCCUCUGCGUCUUCUGAUAUCUCAAUUACUGUCGUAUUUCGUGGUACCUCUCACCGCAUCACUCUGCAACCCGAGAGCACUCUGGGCGACUUGCAGGACCAGCUGGAGAAGGCUACAUCGGUAUCACCCUCCUUGCAGAAGCUCCUUUAUAAGGGCAAGAAUCUCAAGCAGAAUAGGGUCGGGCAAGAGACUGUAGUUUCAAUUGGUCUUCGUAAUGGCAGCAAGAUUCAAAUGUUGGGGACUACGUCAGUCGAGUUGGAUGGAAUACAGGUGACGGAGAGCGAACAAAGGCGGGUCGACCGAAUACUGCGAGAACGAGCGCUGAAGGCCCCGGCUUACAAGGUUCGCUCUACAGGGGUGACGAACAGUGCUUCACUCAACUAUCGUUUUCAUCAACUAUUGCCUCUUCCGCACUUGCCCAACCCUGCCUCAGCGCACAAUCUUUUACAGCGUCUAUCAGAUGAUCCAGCUAUCCAGCACAUCAUGCAGCAGCACCAGUUCUCUGUUGGUGUAUUGACCGAGUUGGCACCACACGAGCAUCCCGAAUUGCUUGGACUCAAUGUUAAUGCCGGGCAGCAGAUUAAACUUAGACUACGCACGGACCGCUAUGAUGGAUUCCGCACAUAUAAGGAAGUCCGGCGCGUCCUAUGCCAUGAGCUGACGCACAACGUCUGGGGGGAUCAUGAUAAUAACUUCAAGGAGCUCAAUUCGAAACUCAAUAGAGAGCCAUCGUCUGAACUCGAGGCGGAAGCCCGUAUACAGGUCCUCGGAGGAUCUGGUUCUUUUAACCGUGACGAGUCCAACGAGGAACGUCGUCGGCGUCUGUUAGAUGCUACGAUGGCUCGACUGCGUAAGGAAGAGCAGGAGAUGGAAGAUUCUUGUGGGACUGCAGGACCAUCUUCACUAGGCCCUAAAGGCUAAGCGUCGCAGGGUCCUUACUAUAUAAUCAUGACAAUCAAGUCCUUGCCUGCGUCGGGUAAGGUAAUAAGGACAUAACUGUGUUGGAGUUUCAAGUGUCGCGCAUCACAGCGCAGUUGACGUCGGGAUCAUCGGUUGUCAGGGUUAGUCAGGCAAGAACUCGUU